AUGGGGAAACUGUUCAGUUUCCUGGGAAGACAUCGACGAACAUCAGGAAGCCCAUCUCCUCAAGUUCGUCUGGGCUCCGUGACUAUGCGACCGAGAGACCACCCUGACGUCGAGAAUUAUGCCGAACUCAUCGAGGUUAUGGAAGUAGCGAUUGGCAAUAUCCACGAGUGCACAUUUACCCACCUUGUCCAUGCAUGUGGCGGUCGUUGCCUCGAGACUGCCGCAGAGUCUGGUGCAUUAUACGGCAAGAGACACUAUGCUGCCGCAGUGAGGCAUCUGGACACAAUCCUCGACUACGACGAUCAGCGAUCCGUGUCUGCACUGAUGCUCAUGGCAAUGUAUUGCCUCCGAAACCCGGUUGGACCUGGUUCCUGGACGUAUGGCCGACUCGCGAUAAUGGUUGCUAUCGCCUUCGGACUUCACCGCAAGAUCAGCAUCAUAAAGCACCAAAACAUGGAUAGUGAGAUACGCAAGCGUCUAUUCUGGGAAACACAUGCUUUCGACCGGCAGGUAUCGAUACCGCUGGGUCGGCCAUUCGCCAGCACCGGCAGAGACAUCGAUGAAGCAGCGACAGCAAAAGAGUUGGCUGUCAUGCCCGAGCUUCGCGGUAUGAAGCUCACGGUACUGCUGUCGCUUGCUUUGGCGGCUGCGGCGAAUGCUGCGUCGCAGACGUUCACGAAUACGGGGAGGCUCUUGUUCGAUGUGGAUGGGAACCAGCUUGAUCUCUAUGGAGCCAAGAUCAACUACUUCAAUGGCUCUUACUACUUCUACGGGAACUCGUUCUCGACCACUGGCGUAGCAUUCGGCAUCAAAUCAUACUCCUCUGUUGACCUGGAGCAUUGGAAGUACGAAGGCUUCCUGUUCGAUCCCUACAGCUCUAAUAGUCCUUGCAACCAGCCCGGCGCCUGCGGAAGGCCGCACAUCGUCUACAACAACGCUACCCAGACCUAUGUGCUUUGGGCCAACGCCGGCAGCAAUGGCUACCAAGUCGCCACCUCCUCCCAACCGGCAGGCCCCUUCACCUUCCUCCCGGACACGGCGGCCAUAGACCCGCAGUUCACCGGCCUGCAGCCCGCCGACUUCGCCGUAGAGUCUUUUGGCGAUCAAGCCUAUAUCGUCUUCUCCGCUCUCAACUUCGUGGAUCCAAGGGCAGGGAGCAUCUGGCCGCCGAUUUUCCAGACGAUGCAUAUCAGCGAGUUGACGGCCGACUUCACGAACACAACGCAAGUCAGCUACCCCAUUAGUUCAAAUGCCACGGAUCUCAUUGAUCAGGAACCGGAGAGCCAGGACAUCUUCAUGCGUGACGGCAUGGUCUACGUUGGUGCGGGCAAUACCUGCGGAUACUGCAACGGCACUGUAGGUCUCGUGUACCGCUCUUCGAGCAUCCAGGGCCCGUGGGAGCGCCAGAUCAUUGCGGGAUACUCAUGCAACGGGCAAUUGGAGGGCGUGCUGCCGUUGACGGACCCGACGUCGGGUGAGGUGACGGAGGUGUGGCAUUCCACAUCAGUUCCCGGUGGACCGAGGGUGGGAUUCGGUGGACAUAUCUUCCAGCCCCUGACGUUUAACUCGGAUGGCUCGGUGGAGGAUUUGGAUUGCGCGGCGACUGCGAAGUUCGAGGUCAACUUCCAGGAGGGGACGCAGGAGGUAGCUACGGGCGCUGCUACAAUGGCUGGGGAUAAGACGCCGUUGGACGCAGCUUACACACCCGUCUGCGACUCAGACUCCUUCGACCUCUUCCAGACCUGGACCGCCAGCCAAUCCGGCACCCUCACCAAUGUCUCUGUGAACAUUGCCGGCGCCGGCAUCCAAGCCGUGCCCCUUACCCUCACAGUCUUCAAAUUCGACAGCUACGCCGACUUGAUCGCUCCUGAGUACAAGUACACCGCGAUGGGCAACGUUUCCUACACCGGCAGCACUCUCAGCUUCGUCUUUAACACCACCAGUGUGCCUAUCACAUCGAAUGCUACGGUCGGCAAGGGCGAUUUGCUCGGUCUGGCGAUUACGGGGCCGGAUUUCGCGCCGUACUGUCAUCUGGAGUAUGAUACCGCGAAGAACUCCUCAGACUUUGUGCUGUAUCAGCGUGGUGCGGGGCAGAACUCUUGGCGUGGACUGCAGGGCAAGACAUCAGUCGUGUACGAGAGGGUCGGGAAGAGCGUAAAGAUGUUCGCGACAUAUGCGUGA